AUGUCUUCCUUCAGCAACACCGACACCGGCUCCAAGACCGCCGACCCCUACACCGCGAAGAACAAGGAUGAGGUCUCCUUAAAGGAGAAGGUCGAGGACCUCUUUACCUUCAUCGACAAGACCAAGUUCUGCUUGUUCACUACACACGCCGGUGACAGCGACCUGCUCGCCAGCCGCGCUAUGGCUCUCGCCGCCAAGGAGGGCAAUGGCUUCGACCUCCUCUUCCACACCAACACCGAGUCCGGCAAGACCGAUGACCUCAAGGAGGACUCAUCAGUCAACAUUGGCUUCAUCAACCCCUCCGGCGAAUGGGCUUCCAUCUCUGGCCACGCCUCGAUCGAGACCAACCGCGAUGUUGUCAAGAAGCACUACUCACCAGCCCUGAAGGCCUGGAUUGGUGAUCUUGGUGACGGCAAGCACGAUGGUGGCCCAGAGGACCCCCGCAUUGGUAUCAUCAGGGUCAAGGCCAAGACUGCACAGUACGCUGUCUCGAGGAGAACCACCGUUGGUGGCUUCGUUGAGCUGGCCAAGGGCAUCGCGACCGGCGAGUCUCCCAGCGUUAACAAGCUGAGGCACAUUGACGAGUCUGAGGUCGCGCAGUGGAGGUCCCAGUAG